UCGAGCCUCAUCACCGACGCUUGAGCGAAAUUUCCGUUCGACUUCUGCUCUCGACACAGCGUGCACUAAAGAUAACGUGGCUGAGUAGAAGAGAUACGUCCAAACGAGCCGGUUGUUGGAGUGCCGUCGUUCGUCGCUAUCGGCGCCGCCACUCCUGCGGUGGUAUCAUCAAAGGACGCUAUCUGUUGUCACGUGAUGUCUAACAAACCCCCACCGGAGCUACUACUACAGUGAAGUCUCGGCGCGCGUAAGCAUUGCCUCUCCAUCGCUGCGAUGCCUGACCACGGGCGGCGAGCUCUGCACCGUGUGUGCGACUCGGUCAGCGGCGUUAACUGGCGUCCGACGCGGUUCGUCGACGAGCUGGUGCUGGCUCGUUACGCCUGCUGUGUGUGCCACGUGAUUCCAACCACGACUGUCGUGUUGCCUUGUUGUCACGCCCUGUGCGAAGAGUGCCAGGCAGGCUGUGUCGUCGAAGGUGGCGGAAGCGUAUGUCCGCUGGACGGAGAGCCGUUCAGCGAAGACGAGUGCGAGACGUGUCACCUACCAGCAAAGAAAAAGCGUGACCUGAAGGCUCACUGCUGGAACGAAGCCCAUGGCUGCGAUUUUGUUGGCCCACUGGAGGCGCUUCUGCGACACUUCGAGGCAGAGUGCACCUUCCACUCGUUUCCAUGUCAACGAUGCGGUGAGGACGUCCCGAACACCAAGCUUGCGGCCCACUACAUCAGUGGUUGCAGAAGGGCAUCGUCGUCAGCGGCAGAGGCCAAGUCAUCGGGACAAGGUGGCGCCGUCGUCACCGCCGGUGACGUCACUGCAGCCGGGAGGGAAGUCGGAAAGCCAGUGAGAUACACUUGUGAGGACGAGGUGACGGUGCUUCAGAGUCAGGUGAACGAACUCGCGGAAGCGGCCAGAAUGCAAAACGCCACGCUCGCAGCUAGCCUCGAGGCACUGAAUGCCAACGUGGCACUCGCCGCCGACAAAUUCUCGGACGUGAUCGGCGAGCACUCGCAGAUGCAACAGCGCCUGCUCGCUUGGAAAGCAGGAGAAAGUUGUCCGGCACGAGAAGGUGGGGCGACUGACACAGCAAGUUCUUCUGACGGAAGUACGCGAAGUCGGCAGAGGACGGACACCCUUCGAAAUUUGGAAUAUUUGGCCGCUGAGUCACUCAGGUGUCUUCAAAGGUUGCUGCGAAUCACAAAGAAAGAACACGACAUCUCGUUGGUCCUGCUUCCGCCAAAAAUAGAUGACCCGACGGAAGGGUGUGUUGACUCGUGCUCCUCAAACCGCGUAAAAGUGAACGAAGUAGUUUAUCAUGCGCUUAUAUCAUGCAUUUUACAGUAUCCAAGCUGUUGCACAACCGCGCCAUGGUGUCAUCGGCGAGAUGUGUGGUUUAGUGUGGCUUUCAACGUAAUGGAAACCACCUUCAAGGAUGGAUACCGAAACGUGAUCAAAAUCACUUGGAUUGGCAAGCAACAGAAUAACAGCAAAUUUCCUGAAGUCGUUAGAGUAUCACAAUUAUGCAGAGAGGGUUCCGUCGAUUUAAGAAAGACUGAGAGCUGCAAUGAAAAAUGGGAGCAGCUAUAUUUAUUGGAAAAUUGGUACACCGGAAGCAUGAGUGGGUACUACAUAUUUGAAAUCGCCAUACGCGACUGACGGAUGGCGCCCGACUUAGUCCGCCACGAAUCGACUUUCCUUUGGCGGGCUUGCAAGUGCCACAGCAUGGCUGCACCUUUCAUCAGAAUGAAAGCGUUUGACUGUCGUGUUUUCACUGAGAAAGCGUUUACCAUGUGUUCGAAAAAUCGUGAUUUCAAUUCAGUAAAUCUGGCGAGAACUUUGGCCGCAUGUUCGAAUCCUUGAGACAAAAUAAAUGUUCUUUUUGUGCGCUGAAUUUUGUUCGCUGCGAGUUGAGUAAUUAACCAUAAUCAACCUAGUCAGUGGUCCAAGGCGUCAGGAGCGAAGUAAAGCUUAACACAGUAGUUUUUUUUUUCUAUCUGAAAAGAACACCUGUAACACAAAAACCUGUCUAACACGUUCUAUUGUAGCUGAAAAACAGAACAUUGCAAGGGUCUGCCAGAGUAAAUUCUGCCGACCGAGCAAUUCUGCCGAUUUUACGACGGUUAGUAUACGUUUGCAGGCAAACAAAAACUGUGGACGAGGACAACGUUGAUGGCAUCGCGUGAAGGAGGUGGUGAUGGCUGUGAGAACCUGAUGCUGUCGCAGCAAACGGGCUCAUCGAAAGAAUUGGGUAGUUUCUUUUUGUUUUUUGUUUUUGUCAUAGGCCUAGCUGAGGGAGCUAAAGCUUGCCGCCGUGGUCACAAUGUAGCAUGUGCAAGCUCUGUUUUUCACUGCUAGAGCCGCAAGAAUUCAACGUCAUGCACGCUCGGCCGACACCUGUACGCUCCAACUCGAUUCUUCUGCACGUAUACGUAGCGAGUACUCCACAUUCCGCUCUCGUCGUUCUAGUCCUGUUACAGACAGUGGGAGACGUAUCGCUUUCACAAGACCUACAGGCCUUAUGACUUUGCGGAUGGUUUUACUCGAUGUGUGCGUUGCCGUGACUGGUGUAUACCGGUCUAACAUUUUCACUAACAAUUUUCACCACACAGUUGGGGUGACGUACCAGGUCACCGACAAAGCUGUCAACUCCAGCUUCUCAUUAAAGUCAACAUGCGUCUCUCUCUUUUUGUCCUGAAGUUAGUUUCCUCAAAAUAACUAAACAAUUUUCGUUCACAACUAACUAAAUUCAAUAGUAACUUGCGGACUGUAUAUUAGUCGUGACACUUUCUGCCAUUGCGUAAUGCUACGUGAGCAACUCGCAUUUCCAUACGUUACCAAUCUCCAUUUGUAACCUUAUUAUUAUGCACAAUAAAGAAGUCUCAACUCAACUCAUUUACGUUCCCAUAAAUAUCGCUGUGUGUGAUGAGUCCACGCCUGUUAUUG